AAGUAUACACACACACAAGGACACAUAUAUAUCGUAUGAGUAACGCAACGCACGAUCAUAUAUAAAUAUAACUACAUAUCUACAUACAUGUACUAAAAGGCCGUGUAAAUGUAAAUAUCACACAAUUUAUAUAUAACGUAUAAGUUGUAGAGUUGCAGAGAUAUUAGCUAGGGCUUACAAGGUGAAGGUUAAUGGCGUUGAAACCCUGCUUCCAUGCAUGCAGAGAUGCAUCAGUGUACAGGGUUUGCCGGUCACAAUCAUCGAAUGAUAGGCAGGAUCAGGCGAGCAACUGGACGGGACGGUCUCCGGCGGAGGAAUUUUCGCCACUUGCAGUGACAUUUAGGCGGCGGCUUCUUGUGGGUGUUGGGUCAGCUGGUCUGGUGGCUGUUGGUGCUAAUUUUGGUGGAAUUACGAGUUUUCUUCUCGGGUUGUCGCCGGAAAAUGGUCGGAAUCUUAAGCUCGAUGUGCUUUAUCCGAUCGGAGGGUAUAGCCGUUGCAUUGACACUAACGAAGGAUUUGAAUUCAUAUACCCAGCAAACUGGGUUGGAGAUCAAACACUGUUAUAUCGAGCGACAAAACAACAAGAAUUUCAGAGAUCACUUGAUCCUCCACCACUUGACCCUUCAAAAUCCAUUGAUAGGCCCCGGAAGAAUGUAACUGAGCCGAUUGUUGCAUUUGGCCCACCUGGUUCAACCGGCGAGCUCAAUGUCAGCGUCGUCGCCUCGACAGUCCCUCUCGAUUUCUCAAUUGAUUCCUUCGGCGGGCCAGGAGAGAUCGGAGGAUUAGUGAUCGGGGCAGUAACAGGAUCCGGGCGACAGCCAGAUGUGAAGGGAACUCUGAUAGAGUCGAGCCUGAGAGAAGAUUCAUCAAGGGGUAUCAAGUACUACAAGCUGGAAUUCAGAGUUGAGCAUCCCUCGUUUCGGCGGCACAAUGUUGCAGUUUGUUGCUCUCGUCGAGGUAAAUUAUAUACGCUAAAUGCACAGGCUCCAGAACUGGCAUGGCCGCAGGUGAAAUCAGCCUUCUACACGAUAGCUGAUUCAUUCAACCUCACAUCUUGAUUUAACAGAAGUAAAUAUACAAUUUAUUCUUUAUACCAUUUGUAACAGAGCUGACAAUCCUAAACUUCCCUAUCAAUGCAUGGACAAGCUGCACUGUGGUUCUAACAACCAAAA